AUGGUAUUAAACUUUGCCAAAGUUCAAAGCAUCAUGAAGAAGUAUAAGAUACUGGCAGAAAUUCAUUUGCAGCUACGGAUAUGGGAUUCUGGAAGGUUCAUAUACAGGGUUUUAAGUCCGGUGAAUAUGGUUUAUACACUUCUCAUUAAGCGGAAUCUGCUGUGGUUCUUGCAGAAUGGCAAAGUGCAUCAAAGAAUCUCAAUCUCAUUGAUCCUGCUUGAGUUGAGGGGGAGUCGAAGCCGCGCUCGGGACCUCGCCAUUCUCAUAUUCUACAGUUCAUGUUUUCUGACCAAAAAGGGGGAGAUGGAGAGCGAAGAUGGUGUCAUCGAAGACUCGACUUUAUCACUAAAAGCAAAAAAGGGGGAGAUUGUUAAAUACGUAUUUUAG